GCUGAAAAAACCAACACUGAUCUGUGUGUGGACUAAAUAUAUUAUCGCAUUGCAAGAGGUGUGAUACUGGACACACCACACUGGUUGCCCCGUCACGGUGUCAAGGCCCUUAAUCACUGGCAGUUCUGGUGUAUCUUCAUCAUUGGCUGACGCCCUCUGCAACUUUUGUACUCAACAUGGGUUGUGGCUCAUCCACAUCAAUAUCACCUGAAUACCCAAAAUGACGAUUAUCAAUGACAUAACAGACAGGAUCACCAUGACGAUAGACUUGAUCGCCAUGACAACAGACAGGAUCACCGUGACAUAAAUCCACCAAACACAGAAGACAAUGAAACUGUUGACCCAGAACCGAGCCUGAACCAGAACCAGAACCGAACCGGAUGUUCCUCGCCACGAUCCUGAUCGUCGCCAUAGCGAUGUCAUAGACAACGAUGGUUUAGGGCCUGGCAUACUACUGUAGAUUUCCGCAUUGCUAAAAGUCCGAAAGCAUGACAGUGAACCGAAGUGUUUACACGCGGUGAAAGGUGGACAGAUGAAGAGUUCCCCUCUCCAUGUUGCUAUAAAGGAACAAUCGACAGAAGAGGUUGGACUGGAAACGGCAUCAGAGCUUGCUGAUAACCCUGUCCUGUUCACGGAAGGAACAACGAGGUUUGACAUUGGUCAAGGGUCAGCAGGGACAUGCUGGUUCCUGUCUAUGGUGGCCAAUCUGUCCGAACAUCCACAGCUACUAAAAAAGGUUGUCCAAGAAGGGGACUAUUCUCACAAGAGGGGGGUGUUCCACUGUCGCUUCUGGAAGUUUGGUGUAUGGGAAGAUGUGUACAUUGAUGAUCACCUCCCGGUCGUCUAUGGCAGGCAGAUCUGGGGUGCCAGAUCAUCGAGUGAUGACAAUGAGAUGUGGGUCUCGAUGCUGGAGAAAAGCUUUGCCAAAUUACAUGGGUCAUACAACGCUGUGUAUGGUGGACAGUCCAGCGAUGCCUACUUGGCACUGACCGGAGGAAUAUCGGAGAGACUGGACUUUGAAGAUGACCAUAUUGAUCCCGACAGCCUCUUCCGUCGAGUCAGGAACUCCCUCCACACAGGAGCAUUUGUCUCAUGUACUGUGCCGGAAAAGCAUGAUGGAGUUUACGGAUUAGUUGGAGCUCAUGCUUACUCUUUGACUGGAGCAAAACAGGUGCAGCUCAACAGUGGUGAGAACCUCUGCCUGCUGCGUGUACGUAACCCAUGGGGUAACACUGAAUGGAAGGGCCCUUGGUCGGAUGAGAGCGAAGAGUGGCGUACUAUCCCUGCCGGUGCUGUGGAGCGAGUUAAUAUAGAUGACGGAGAGUUCUGGAUAUCUCUGCCUGACUUCCUCACAUACUUCUCCCAGACUACGAUCUGCUCUCUAACGCCAGACUUUGACAGCGAUGGCUGCUCGGAUUCACUCAAUCAUGUCCUGAGGAUUUACGGCCAAUGGCUUGGUGAUACAGCAGCAGGUUAUUCCGACAGACUGCAGAAUCCACGCUAUGUCUUCACUGUCCCUGAUGAAGGCAUGACAGAAGAGGGUUAUGUCCCCUUGAUGCUGCAGCUCAUUCAGAAGACCCAGCACAGAAAGUUUGACAUAGUGUCCACGAGAUGUGACCUGUACAAGGUGCUUGGGAGUCAUGUGAGCAGCCGUCCCACCUACGUGCUAGAAAUGUUGGGAACGAAACAAACGUCUACAGCCCCGCUGCGCAGGUCACCUUCCGCCAUCGAGUUGAACCCGGCCAAUACAUCGUGGUUCCGUCCACUAUAGACCCAGCUAUGGAGAAGGAAUUCCUUAUAAGGAUAUUUGCUCCUUGCCCCUUACAUAACUGCAGGGAAGUUCCCCGGAACACUACACUGAUGUCGUGUGAAUCUGAGGAUUUGGUUGAAGUUGACGGCAGUACAGUCAAACUCA